AUGCCGCCGAUGCAUCAUUGGGAUCGGAAACCAGCCGUGAGGAGUUGGAUGAAUGAAAGACAGCAUCGCACCCGAGAUCGUCCAAAAGGAAAACAACCGCGAUAUUUUAAAGGAAUAUUUCCUGAAGCUUCACAAUCCGAGGAGAAGUUGGUAGACUGUCACGAAAAACAUACCAGCGAAGAAAAAAAGAGAACAUAUUUUAGUUAUUGUUAGUAAAGGAACUAAUUAUAUUAUAUAUACUAACUAUGUUGUUAUUUGUUAUAAGUUUGUUACUUAUAGUUAUGUUGAAAAUGUUGACGAACUAAGACAUGUGAAACGAAAGCGUUAUUUUGUAUUUCUUAGCUUUUGGGAUAAGCGCGGUGGUUAAAGUCAAAUCCAAUGCCAGUUUGACACAAGGGCCACCUGUAAUGUCAUGUCCUUCAAUACCUUAUUUGAAAUCAAGCAGAGUGGAAACCAAGCCAUCAAGGCAACCAACACCAAAUUAAAGUUAUACAAUGGAAGUUUUGUACCAGCCCUCGAAGAGUGUGACCUCAACAGCAUCUCCAAAGGAGAACGUCGCAAGCUUAACUUCAAGAUUAUCAAGGGCGACCAAAGCUCAUUGUUGUCUAUAGAGAUGUGUACAGCAUGGAACUUAUCACUAUAUCUAACAGCAUAAAUAUUGUAACAGCUCCACAAGAUAUUUUCAUGGAAUAUAAAGAUGUGUUCAAGGGACUUAGCUGCUUGCCUGGUAAAUGCCACCUACAGAUCAACCAUGAUGCUCAACAUGUUAAGCAUACCCCCGGAAGAAUUGCAACACUAUUGAAAGCCGAGCUAAAAGCAUAUAUUGAAACCUUACAAAAAAAUGGAGGUUCUCAAGAAAGUCACAGAGCCAACUGA